UGCGGUGGCCGGGAGAGACACGCGGACCUGCACCAGCUCCCGGAGGAGUUGACCAGAGUGUGGUGUUGUCAGUUGACAUUUGAGCGCGAACAUCGCAAGUGGAUCGAGUGCGCGCGCUGAUAGAAGCUCAUAGAAGCGUGUAAUCUCGUGUGUGAUGGUCAUAAAAUUAAAAAUAAUUACUUGAAUCUCUCCUUAUUUCCUCCCUCAUUGAAUACGGUGCCCAAUAAUCCACUCCUUUUAGCACAUUUGGGGCUAAAAGAAAUUUUUUUUAAAACUUCUACCACCCACACAAAAAAUUCACGAAUUAUCGUGAGAUUUAAAUUAUUUUUCCCCUUAAAAAAUUAUCGUUAUACCUGCAAAAGGAGGAAAGUGAUCUAAGAAAUUGUGCAACAGAGGAUUACUCACUCACAGUGUGGAUUUUCAAAGUGAAAAACCCCUAUCACGCAUAACUUUUCAUUAUCAAUUUCAAACGAAACAUUCUGUGAUCACCAACACCUUUUUGGGCACAACCUCUAAAAGAAAUUCCUUCACCUAUGAGAUUGUCAAGCAGGGUAUUUGUGAGAUACUUCCAAGAAAUGAUGUCUUUUUUUUUCUUUGGCAGUGACGACAAAAUAUAGAAGGAAAUCAUCCCAACUCCUCCCAGCACAAUGUCGCACAGAGAGAUUCUGAGACUUUGACGAGUGUGUGCUCCAUAUAGAGGUGCAAUUAAAGUGGAAAAAUCUUGUGCUAGUGACUGAAGUGAUUGUGAAGAAGGCUUCUCCAUCACAAUGGAGUCCCCGCCGGCAAAUGGUUCGGAUACAAUGUCCAUCAGUGCCCCGGGUAGGAAUCACAAGACAGUGGCGGAAUUGCACUUCAAUGCCAUGAGUGGGAGUCUGAAGCACAGGAAUGCCCACGAGACGCCAACUACAACGGAGGAUUCGGCAAAGCUCCUACCAAGUACAUCCAAGAAGUUCGUUAUAGUGCCAACAAGCAUUAAAAAGACCACGCUCACGGUGACUUCACCUACGGAUAGUUUGUCAUCAUCCAAUGUCAGCCCCAUUAUGUCCCCACUGCCAGCUGGUACCCGACCCAAGCACUUCAACAGCAUGAGAUCGGUGAGAUCAGGAGGAGCUCUUCUUAACCAGGAUGGUGGACUCGCUACGUCCACCCCAACAGUUGGGCAUCCUCCCCCAACAUCCCUAGCUCGAUCUGGGUCCUACGUUUUCAGUGAUUGCGGAUCUGCACGCCUCUUCUCCGACGCUACGUCCGUACGAUCACUCGCCUCAAUCGGCAUGGGUUCGACGGAUGGACGCAAAAUGGUCAUCCGGCGUGUGCCGAAUUCACCCACAGAGCUCCUCACCAUCCUCAAUCCCCCCAUACCCCAAGAGGAAGAUUUUGAGAAUGAUAGCUUUGCUGGGAUUUCUGAUAAUUCAGAUUCGGCCAACUUGAAGCCACGCCGGCAGCAUUGGGCCAACAAGAUGCAAUUCGUGCUGGCAUGCAUUGGUUAUUCCGUGGGAUUGGGCAAUAUGUGGCGAUUCCCGUAUCUAUGCUACUCAAGUGGCGGAGGAGUUUUUCUCGUGCCAUACUUUAUCAUCUUGGUGAUAUGCGGAAUCCCCAUGUUGUUCAUGGAGCUGGCAGUGGGGCAGUACACAGGAAGGGGACCUAUUGGUGCUCUCGGUCAGAUCUGCCCACUCUUCAAAGGAGCUGGGCUGGCGAGCGUCGUGGUGUCCUUUCUCAUGUCCACAUACUACAGUGUGAUCAUAGCGUAUGCCAUUUACUAUUUUUUCACCUCCUUCCGACCUGAACUCCCCUGGACGGAUUGCAGCAACAGAUGGAACACUCCGGAUUGUUGGAUCCCUCAACGGCAGGAGUCCAAUCUCACGCGUCCACACGUCUCACGUACGCCACCUGAGGAAUUCUUCGAGAAUAAAGUCCUGCAAAUUAGCCCAGGGAUUGAGUAUCCUGGUGGGAUGCGUUGGGAAUUGGUGGCAUGUCUCGUGUGUGCCUGGGUACUAGUCUACUUUGCCAUUUGGAAGUCCAUAAAAUCAUCCGGGAAAGUGCGAUACCUAACAGCUACUCUUCCAUUUGUGCUGAUCUUCGUCUUCCUGGGACGCUCCCUGACACUCGAUGGAGCAGAAAAUGGCUUGAGGUACUUCUUCCAGCCAAAUUGGGCACUUCUUCGCAAUGCCAACGUGUGGAUAAAUGCUGCAUCGCAGAAUUUCAAUUCUCUCGGCAUUGCCUUUGGGUCAAUGAUCUCAUUUGCCAGCUACAACAAGUACAACAACAACAUUCUCCACGAUACACUCGCUGUAUCCUUCGUAAAUGCCAUCACGAGUGUCCUCGUGGGGAUUUUUGCUUUUGCCACAAUUGGGAACAUCGCUCUGGAACAAUCGACGACCGUUGAGGCGGUCAUAAGUGACGGUCCAGGACUCAUCUUCAUCGUCUACCCCCAAGCAAUGGCCAAAAUGCCUGCACCGAAUCUCUGGGCUGUCCUCUUCUUCUUCAUGCUCCUCUGCCUUGGGCUCAAUAGCCAAUUUGCAAUAGUCGAGGUGGUUGUAACAUCAAUCCAGGAUGGUUUUCCCAACUGGAUUCGCAAGAAGUUAGUCUACCAUGAACUUCUGGUGCUCAUCGUGUGUGUGGUAUCAUUCUUCUUUGGCCUGCCCAAUCUCAUCCAAGGAGGAAUUUACUUCUUCCAACUCAUUGAUCACUAUGCCGCCUCAAUCUCCAUCAUGUUUCUCGCUUUCUUCCAAAUCAUCGCCAUUGCGUGGUUCUACGGAGUUCCUCGGCUAUCCAAGAAUGUCAAACAGAUGACCGGGAAAACUCCUUCGCUCUUCUUUCGCUUCUGCUGGCUCAUCGGUGCGCCAAUGCUUCUAAUCUCACUCUGGGUGUUUAGUUUAAUAAAUUACGAGCAACCAACAUAUCACAAUGGUCAGUACCACUACCCAAAUUGGGCCAUUGCACUAGGAUGGGCAAUUGCGUCGACAUCCCUCAUCUGCAUUCCAACCUAUGCAAUCGUCAACAUCAUCCGAGCAGAUGGUGAAACAUUCCUACAGAAAUUAAGAAAUUCCAUUAAACCCAACAUCUACGAGUGCAAAAUAUGCGGAGAGCAUCACUGCGAGCAUGAUUUUCCCGAAGAUCAAGCUGUUGCAGAGUUAACGCCAAUCAUUCAGGGUGUUCCGCAAUCUACAAACUUCCCCAUAGUCCUCCAACCACCCCCGCCGGGCAACCAUAGGCCACCCAUUCUACCACCAGCAAACUCCGACAUUGCGACAAAUCAUACAGAAACGCGAAACUGACGCAUGCACAACAAAGCAGUAGCGAGAAACCAAAUAAAAUUUACAUUAGCUCAAAGACACUGAAGUCAGAACUUCAAUAAAUUGUAGAAUGAGAGGCAAGCAAAGUCCAUAAAGAACAAAUUAAGAAGAAAAACACGGUUGUGAUUAUAUAAAGACAUUGAGAAGUUGAAAGAAGAAAUGCAUGAUAUGAGUAUUAUCUUGAGAGUGGAGAAAUAAAGCGAAAUAUCAUGAACAAUCAAAGAUGAAUUAAUAAAAUGUAAAUAAUUUAA